AAGGUCGGAGACGAAACGAACGAGCACCGGAGCAGCUGGCCCGGCGGAGCAAUAGGGGCUCAAGGGCCUCAAGAUGCUCCCUUUCAGGGCAGCUACUCAGGGGCCUUUUGAUCCGGGCACGGACCCGGGUAACCCGCCGGGGUGUCUCGGUCCAUCAACGCGGACCUGGCUCAGGGCUAAAGCACAACGAGCCUCAACUACAAAUGCGUUAACAACGACGAAAAUCUCCAGCUUCCUGAUAUCGCUUAUAUUGUGUGCUCAGGCGUUUCAACUCCUGAACGCUCAGCUUACCCAAAUUCCCGAUGGGACGGUGGAUCUGCUUGAACUAGUGGAUCUCUACCAGCCACAAGAAGGUGUAGCCAUCUGUACAGGCUUCUGUGAGGCCCGUCCGGCCUUCGUUGAUGACAAUGGUACAGGAAUGUACAUUGGGCCUGAUACCGCCUACCGCCUUUCAAAUCUUGCACACCUUAGCGGAGCUCUCUCUGACGAGUUGCAAACAAAAUUUCCAAUAGACUACUCUGUUCUUAUGACCAUCCGGCCAGAAAAGAACGCAGAGGGAUGCGUCUUUUCGAUAUAUAACGAAGCAUCCGAGGAGCAAAUGUCAUUUUCCGUCAACGCAGAUUUCGCGACCUUCACGGUCAAAGGACCUACCAAUGCUACCACGGCUGCGGAAUUCAAACACUGUAUUCUCAACGAUGGAAGGUGGCAUCGUAUAGCGCUCAGCGUGAAGGGUGACUCCGUCACGUUAAUUCGAGAUUGCGACGAACAAUUUACGGACGCCCUCGAUCGAACGAGCGUUCCCGACAUGGGAAACGCGAUCCUGCUGCUGGGACGUGACGCAAGCAAUGGCAUACAGGGGCGUUAUAUGGGAGAUGUACAGCAACUGGUAAUAUCGCCAACGCCAGAGGCCGCCUACGAGAUGUGCUCCCUCUUUAUGCCUGGAUGUCGACAGCCGAUUCCACCGCUGUAUCCCCAGGAAAGCUUACCUCGACGUGACCAGGUCCCACCGCCAACGAUGACGACGACACAACCAAUUCAAAAUGAGACCGUAGUCAUUAAAAUGAUCGAAGAGGAAUCAAAAACAAAAUCAACUAGUGGAUAUCUUUACUAUCAGGUCCAAGGACCUCAGGGACCACAAGGCUUUCAGGGUCUACAGGGUGCACCGGGACCUAAGGGAGACAAAGGUGACCCCGGUCGAGAUGGUAUCCCUGGCACCUCAGGAAUUUCGGGUCCACCAGGACAUAUCUUCGUUAUUCCUUAUCAACAGGCGACCGGCAACACGGGAAUCAAAGGGCCAGAUACUAAUAUUAAAGGUCCUGACAAUACCGAAUACCUUCGCCAGAUGCUAUCCCAGCAUAUGGCGGCCAUGAAAGGCGCCCCGGGACCUCGUGGCCUUACUGGUCUCCCUGGCCCUGUUGGCCCCCCAGGACCCGGAGGUGAAAAAGGAGACAAUGGCGACCCCGGACCGGAAGGGUCCCGCGGACCUCGCGGUCAUCCAGGCAGCCCCGGCAAGAUGGGUCGCAGAGGACAGAGUGGAAAAGACGGCAAAAGAGGCCUCACGGGACCUAUCGGCUUCAAGGGCGAACAGGGACACCCAGGCCAUCCUGGAGUGCCAGGCGAUAAAGGUGACCGUGGUUACCAAGGGAAUCCUGGGGAAUCUGGCCACGUUGGAGCCGACGGCCCGCCCGGAGAGAUAGGACCCCCUGGAUCGCCUGGUCUACCUGGAGAAAUGGGUCCUCGGGGCUUCCCAGGGCCUCGCGGCCAUGCUGGCAUACCGGGCCCACCAGGAAUUCCUGGCUCUGAAGGCCCAGUUGGACCGAAGGGUAACGAGGGACCGCCUGGCGCUCCCGGUCAACCAGGUCACAUCGGUCAGACUGGUCCGACCGGCCCUCAAGGUCCACCGGGAAUUCCGGGACCAAUGGGAGCCAAUGGACCUCGCGGAAAACCUGGGCUCCCAGGACUGCCUGGAGCUGAAGGACUGCCCGGUCCUUCAGGCAACUCAGGCAUGCCAGGAGUCAAAGGUGACACUGGGCUUGUAGGACCUCAAGGGCCGGUUGGAUUUCCUGGUCAGAGAGGUCACAAGGGUGACACCGGAUCGAGAGGACCACAAGGCAGCAAAGGGGAUAAGGGUGCAACCGGACUUGAAGGCCAGAAGGGCGACCUUGGCCUUAAGGGUGAGACAGGACCCCAGGGCGCAGAUGGUCCAGCAGGAGCUGAAGGCCCUGAAGGACCGAAAGGUUUUGAAGGACUUAGAGGGGAACGAGGACCACCGGGCGAUGUAGGUGAAAAAGGCAAACAAGGAAUUCCAGGUUUUCCCGGCUAUCCAGGUGCUAAUGGACCUAAAGGCGAAAAAGGCUUCCAAGGUAAACCGGGUCCAAAGGGAUUUAAAGGUGACCGAGGAAUGCAGGGUCCCCCAGGUGAGAGAGGGCCUAUGGGCCCACGAGGUAAUCGAGGACCUCGCGGGAGACCUGGAAAAACAGGAAAUCAAGGUGAAAAAGGAAGUAUUGGAGAACCCGGACCACCAGGACAACCUGGAGAACGGGGUGAACAAGGACCGGAGGGUCCUCGCGGUUUUACCGGGCUUACUGGUGCCCCGGGUAUUCCUGGGAAAGACGGAGGAGUUGGAGGUCCUGGCGAAAGAGGUGCUCCAGGAGAACGCGGGGUAGCUGGUCCCAUUGGUCCUCCAGGGCCUGUUGGUCCUGCGGGUCCUAGCGGGGAAUCCGGAACCGCCGGCGAUAUCGGUCCCCCAGGUGCCGUAGGUGUUCCGGGGGAAACUGGACCUCCCGGCGAGACCGGCAAAGACGGACCUCCGGGACCAGCUGGACCGCAGGGAAACACUGGGGUUGUAGGCCCGCCAGGGUUACCAGGACCACCAGGAGAACCAGGACCAGCGGGUCCUCGUGGCCACCCUGGAGGAAAAGGAGAAAUCGGUCUUGUCGGUGCUACCGGACCUAUGGGAGAAAAAGGAACGCUUGGUGCUCCUGGCGAGCCUGGUCCCCCAGGAGAAAAGGGACAUCACGGCGUCGUUGGACCCCAAGGAACUCCAGGACCAAAAGGAGACAAGGGCGACAUUGGUGUUCCGGGUUCAAUGGGUCGCGACGGUCUUCCCGGCUCAAGAGGUCUGCCUGGGCUUCCGGGGCCGACUGGUGGCCCAGGUGAAGAUGGAGAUAAGGGCGACGCCGGAGCUCCCGGCCAAAAAGGUUCUAAAGGCUUCAAGGGUGAUGCGGGAUCACCUGGACCAAUCGGGCCAAUCGGACUACGUGGAGAACCUGGGGCUCCAGGCGCGAUCGGUGAGCCAGGGCCACCUGGAAGACCAGGCGCAAGAGGCAUUAAGGGUGAAGAGGGGCCAAUUGGACCACCUGGACCUGCCGGUGCUCCCGGAAAGCAAGGCCUACCAGGACCUUCAGGUGACAAGGGCAUUAAGGGUGACGAUGGCAAGCUCGGCCCGCCCGGAUCUGCUGGUCAACCUGGUGAACCUGGUCCCGUAGGCCCUAAAGGCGUUGAUGGUAUACCUGGCAGUCCUGGUCUUACAGGUUUACAGGGUCAAAAAGGAGAAGAUGGAAAACCUGGCAUACCAGGACCACCAGGUAAAAACGGAAUUCCGGGAACCGUUGGCCUACCAGGUCCUAAGGGCGAAGAAGGAAAAUCAGGUCUACCGGGACCGGCUGGACCACGAGGUCCGCCAGGAAUUGAAGGGCCUAAAGGAAACCCCGGAGCGCCCGGUUUCCCGGGAGCAGCAGGAGAGGCCGGCAAACCUGGAACUAAAGGCGAACCUGGAGCUCACGGCGUUAAUGGAGCACCUGGAGAACCUGGACCCCCUGGACCUCAAGGUGAACCUGGAAAAAUGGGUCUUCCCGGAGGACCUGGCAAAGUUGGACCCAUAGGUCCAGCUGGCGCUCAAGGAGACACUGGGUUGACUGGCGAGAAAGGCGAUAAAGGAGAAAUAGGUCCCCAGGGUGUUCAAGGCCCACUGGGUCCGCCAGGGCCCCAGGGAGCUGUAGGAUCCCAAGGCCCACGCGGAGAGACUGGAACGGCUGGAGAUGUAGGUCCGCCAGGUAAAGCUGGACCUCCAGGAACACCCGGUGCUGUUGGACCUGUUGGCGAACGUGGCGAAAAAGGAGAACGAGGCAAGAGAGGCUUCAAGGGACAUAGAGGUAUUUCUGGAAGGGCAGGUCUUAAAGGAGACGUUGGAGAGAAGGGCGACAAGGGUGACACAGGACCUCAAGGUCCUCCUGGUCAGACCGGAAAAAUGGGCCCACAGGGUUUCGAAGGGCAGAAAGGAGCUGAUGGACCGCCCGGACUUCCAGGCUCCGAAGGACCCAUUGGACAAAAAGGCAGUGAGGGUGCCACCGGACCGAAAGGAGAGACAGGGCCUCUUGGAGUGCCCGGCCCCCCUGGGCCCCCUGGGGAAGGUCCACAAAUCCCUAUGGAGGCGCUUUUCCAGGUAUCCACUACGAAAGGUCCCCGCAGCCGCCGAAGCGCAAAUACAGUGGACUUCAUUGAAGAUUCGCUUAAUAAUGGACAGGAUUCGGCCGCAACUAAUACACUUACCGGCAUUUACGCAUCCAUGUACGUCAUUCGUAAGGAGAUCUCUUACCUGAAGCGACCCAUGGGAUCUAAGGAAAAUCCCGCCAGAACUUGUAAAGAUCUUUUCCUCGCCCAUAAGGAAAUGAAAAACGGCUGGUACUGGAUUGACCCUAACUUGGGUACGCCGGACGAUGCCAUUCACGCCUAUUGCGACCUCCGCGCGAGUGGACAGACGUGCGUGUUUCCAGAUGAAGCUUCGGCCAAAACUCCACUCCGCUCGUGGAAGGCGCCUCAAGGUUUGAAUCCGGUUACAUCUGACGUCGCUUUCAGCCAAAUGGAAGACGGCUUCCAGAUUUCGUAUGACUUAGUCGGGUCAGUCCAGCUACGUUUCCUUCGCCUAUUGAGCCGUUCAGCUUACCAGAACCUGACGUAUAUCUGCGCCGAUUCCGUCGCAUGGUUUUCACAAGAACGCAAAGACUACUCGCUAGCGCUUCAGUUCAUUGCUGCCGACGAUGAGCGUUUUACAAGCCUUGUCAAUCGCCCGACGGUUGCAAUGGACCAGUGCCAAUAUGCCGGAACCGGAUCAGCUGAGCUAAAUGAAGGCCGAAGUGUGUUUGAAUUCAAGACCUCACGUACCGAACGUCUUCCAAUCGUUGACUUGAUUCCGAGAGACUUCGGCCGAAAACCAAGACAGAAAUUUGGAUUCGAAAUUGGGCCUGUAUGUUUCUAUUAAACAACAAACUGCCACAACCUAAUACUGGGUCAUUAGCGAAACACAAGGCAACGCUCAAUUAAGCAGAAGCCCGUUAACGAUUAGGUUGUUGUUGUAUAUCUCAAACUAACAUAUGAGAAAGUAUAACAGGAAACACAUAUUUCAUUUAGAAAUUUAGAACCGGCCUUGCAUCUACACACAAAUAUAAAAUCAGGUGCGCAAGAACGCAGUAAACAAUUCCAAUAACCAGCUCACGUAGCCUGCCGUUAUGGGGAGCGCGCUCAGGCUGAGCACGCUAACCUGGAAAAAUCAUACGCAUACAUAUGUCCUCAUUCAUUAAAAUAACGUUACUGCAGACGUGGCCGUUGUGUCCUAUUAUGGUAAAUAUUGUCUUUGAAUAUAAAAAAAUAGUAGCAUCUAACAAUAGUUCUGGGCGAGUACACCUGCGACGCGUCUGGCUGCAAGUGCAUGGCGUGAUCCACGCACUUGCAAGCAGACUAAAUAACUAACUGAACACCUACGAUAGGAACUUGUACAUGCACAAAUAAACAGUACUUAAUUAGUUUGCUUACUACUGGAACUCCGUCACGCUGCUAUCUCUAGCAUUGGCUAUAACACCAGUUAGAACCGCAAUAUUAUCGAAAUCACGCUAUAUGCGAUAAUCUUGUCGCAGUCACAGCAUUUGUAUUAUAGCAGUCACUAUCUGUAGCAUACAGAGAGUAUUACAUUGUAGCGCGCCUGCACUGUAAAAAGUACUUUACUGCCGUCCAGUGUCACUAGGUAACCAAGUAGACAAUAUAUAUAUAUAUAUAUACGUAUGCCUGAAGCAAAAAUACAUAAA